AUGGCGCCGAUUCGGUGGCAGGCUCUCGGACUUUCGCGAAUGGCGAUGGCAAACCUCGGCGAGGCGUCGGAUGGUGAUCACAAUGGCGGCAUCACAUCAUCGUGGCGGAAAUCACGUACGUCGACGCCUCCGUGUGGUGCCGACGCAGUAACGCGGGGGCAAGGCGGAUACGGAGAGCGGUGGAUACGGAGAGCGGCGGAUACGGAGAGCGGAUACGGAGGGCGGCGGAUACGGAGGGCGACGACAUGCCGACGGGCUGGCUCGCCAGCGCAACGAGGUCGCCAUGUACUCUCGCCAGUCCUCACAGCACCCCACCCGUGCCUCGGUCCCAGCGCGGCAAUGAGGGGUGACGCCCCGCCAUUUAGUCGAAUCAUAUCGUCGCGAGACAGCCGAAACGCGGCGCGUGCGAGCGUCACCGCAUGGCGACCACGCCCAUGA